AUGACGACAUUUUCAUCAGCUUAUUACAUAGUUGCUCAUCCUAAUAGAUUCAUUGAAGACGGCCAAGUUGCAAGCACAUCUAAUUCUCAAAAACUUUUCGAUUCACAGUAUCGGGAUCUCACCAGUAUUAGGCACAUUAGAAAAACUCGAAAGGCAUUUUCAGUGGCCGGUGAGGAUACAUACGCUGAACCAUUCGACAUUGCCUUACCAAAUAACGUAGAGCUUAGCGAUGAUUAUCGGCAACGAUACAGAGCGAAAACCCGGAUGCGCAUGCAGCCACCAGAACGAGUUGAUUCUGCGAUCAGAAAUAGGCGAAGGAUGCGCUAUCGUCAACGUAUACAGCGAUACUUGCGAAAAUUAAGGCGAGAACUUCAAACGGAGGGAGCUUACAAAAAUUCCAGAACUGAAGUGGUUAAUGAAGAACUGUGUGCAACGGAAAGACGUAUUGUACAAAUGAUUGAUCCUAAAUAUGAUUAUUAUCCAGCUUUUUAUGAAGAAGUUUAUUGUAAAUCGUCACCUUAUGGAGAUCUCAUUAACAAUGUUAAACCCAUUAUUCAGAAAUAUUUUGACGGAAUACUUCGUUGCGCACAGGUAACAAAAAAACUUUAUUUUACUCGAAUUAAGAAAGGCGAAAGUAAAGGCGAUGUGCAUAUUAUUGAUAAUGUUGCUGUUGGAUGUCAAGCGAUGUGGCCGGCAGAUCAGUGGGGUCAUCAAGAGCUUUGA